AUGAAGGGAAGAAUUGUAAUGCUUUCGCUUACAGAGACACCCAAUUUCAACAAAGAACGAUAUCAAGAGCUUCUAGACCUCAAAAGAACUCUUCGUCACCCACACAUUCUCUCAUUAUUCUCCGCGUUCGAUCACUAUCAAAUCGUCGAAUAUGCACCAUACGGAAAUCUGGCGCAAUUCCCUGCGAUUUCCGAGGCACAUUUGCGACACGUAUUGCCGAUGGUCACCGAUGCACUGAGUUACAUACACUGUCGAGGGUAUGUCCACCUUGGAUUGCGCCCAAAGCAUAUUCAUGUCACGGACGGGUUUCGCGUGAAGCUUGGAGGAUUAGAUUCGGCUCGUCGAAUACAACGUCGGUACCAGAGUGGCUCAGGGAAUCAAUUACAUUCUUCACCAGAAGACGAGCUGCAUAGGCCAGAGUCUGAUUCAUGGUACCUUGGGUGUCUUUGCAUCUCACUAAUAGCACCGGAAUCUGGGACAAGCGAUCUGACCUCAUGGAAACUCCUACUCCCAGAGUCAACGUCCGCGGCGCUCGUGGACCUUGUCGACUGUCUCCUGCGAUCAGACCCCAACCAAAGAAUGCCAAUCCCUCUUGUUCAUUCUCACCCAUUCUUUGCACCCGCGCUACCAAUCGCAUCUCUCGAGGAUCUUUAUUCCCAUUCGCCACAUUUCCAGACACGAAAGCGAUGGCAUGGUCGAACCCGUGAUUUAUUCGCCUCACAGCGGCCGUCAUACCAAAGAGGCGUGAAACGAGCCACAUCGCCAGGCCGUCGCCAACUGAAUGGAUACGAGUUUCCUCCCGAACAAUUGAACCUCGCUGAAGCAAUCCAAGAAGCGCUGGUAACACGUCCUCUAGAACCAAGAUCAAUGGUUUCCCCCUUUAAAAUCACCGACACGUCCUCUGCUACUUAUAACAAAUAUCCACUCGUUAUUGCAGGAUCACUACCGCCGCAAACUUUGACCUUAUCUCAUGGUACAAUUGACCUCCUCCGUUCCGGUGAGAUCAUCAUUGACUUCCGCGAGAGAGAGCGCUUGAAAGGCCGAAAAGGGGGUAUUGUUUUACUCGUCAACCCUGAUGGUCUCACUGUUACUCUCUUUCGCGCAAGUCAACCUACCACGCCUCCUCUUCUCAAGGAACCUAUAUCAACAUUCCUUGUCAAAGACAUUCCUACAGAGUGCAGAUCAGUUUACACUUUUGCCGCGCGAUAUCUGGAUAUGGUCAAGCGCCGCACGCCCAUGCUUACUGUCAGUAGCGGCCAGCUUCGGUAUUCCCUCAUGUCCAACCUGCCACGACCGGAUAUCGAGUUAACCUUCUCUAAUAAGGAACGCACGGCUGGAGAUUUGUCUCAGACUACUCGAAUUCGCUUGUCAAGGAGUGAAGGCACAUUGGAAAUCGCGCAAUACCGCCCCAUCUCUGCGAAAAGCAAAAGCAUUUAUGCGCCAUCUGUAAGAGCGCACCAAAAAGGAAAGCAUUCUACCAUACACGUCGGAGAAUGGAAGAAGCGAGUCUUACCGUUGCUGCCUGAUGGGACUAUGGACAUAGACCUGAUCCACCAAGAGGAAUUUGAACUGAUCACCCGACUCAAGGAUUUCGUCGAAUUCGUCAAGGAUAUCCAAGUCUCUCUCAACCAGAGUCGAUUAUUCUGUUCUAUCGACAAGUUGUGGUCAACAGAAACAAUACCUACCCAUCUCAGCGGGGUCGUGACGUCUUCCGAAAAUGCAUCUGACCAUUUAGAAGACAAGAGCACCCAGGAUGAGCGAAUCGUCAAGUCAACUCACAGGAAGCCUCAUCUUAUGGGCCUGGGACUUCCUCCUCGCCCCAGGAGGUUUUCGGUGACUGCAACUCCUAGACGGCAAGAGGCUAUUUGA